GGGUAUUUGAACUCAAAGCUCUCCUGAAUGACUGUCAGUCUGCUGGCAAGUGGGUCUUCUGAUAACUUUUGACAUGGGGGUCACGCCUUUGCACAAUGUGGGUGGAAUAUGUGUAUUCUUCAGCUCGUUUCUAAUUUUCCUUACUCCAAACUGUAAUGCGGGAAAUAUUUUGGUGUCUCCUCUGGAUGGCAGCCACUGGAUCAAUAUGAAGAUCCUGUUAGAAGAACUUCAUGCCAGGGGUCACAACAUCAGUGUGAUCAGAGGCUCCAACAGCUGGUAUAUCCCAGAAAAAUCUCCCCUCUACACAUCCAUCACAGUUGAAAUAGACAGAGAUGUAAAGGAUUUCUUUGGGGAGUUCAUACAAGACCACAUGAGGGUGCACCGAGAAUGGUCGUCAUUGUUAGCUUUCCUGAAGCUCACAAAGAAGUUUAUGUCCUUUGUUUCUGUGGGCCACACCCUGUGGUGUGAUGCUGCAUCAAGAAUCAUGGAAAAUCCAAAGUUGAUAAAAAACUUAAUAGAAUCCCAGUAUGAUGUGGUUCUUACUGAUCCAGGAAUAGGACAAGGCGUUGUGUUAGCUAAAUAUCUUAAACUGCCAUUAGUCCUCAAUGUUCGCUGGAUUACCAGUGGAGAAGGUCACUUUGUGCUGGCUCCCUCACCGCUCUCUUAUAUCCCAGUGAUUCCAGGACCCGGUCUAACAGACAAAAUGGCUUUCAUCCAGAGAAUCCAAAACAUUUUUUUCUUUAGUAUCAUAUUAUUCCAGCAGAAAUUUGUGGUGGGACCUAUUUAUGAUGCCAUGUGUGAUAAAUACAUUGAGGGUGGAUGCGACAUUGUCUCACUGCUUCAAGAGGCUGAUAUUUGGCUGUUCAGGUCAGAUUUUGUCUUUGAUUUUCCUCGGCCAACAAUGCCAAAUGUUGUCUACAUUGGAGGGUUCCAGUGUAAACCUGCACAGCCUCUACCAGCGGACCUGGAGGAGUUUGUUCAAAGUGCUGGGGAGCAUGGAGUCAUCAUCAUGACUCUGGGAACUUUGGUGAAUAAUUUUCCAGAAGAGGUUGUGGAAGAUAUUGCUAGUGUCUUUGCCAAGAUGCCCCAAAAGGUGAUUUGGAAGCACAGAGGAAAGCGUCCCUCUACUCUGGGCAACAACACUCUAAUGAUGGACUGGAUGCCACAGAAAGAUCUACUUGGCCACCCACAAAUAAAAGCCUUCAUAGCUCAUGGAGGAACAAAUGGAGUCCAGGAAGCCAUUUACUAUGGAGUCCCUGUGCUUGGCAUACCCUUGUUCUUUGACCAGCAUGACAACCUUCUACGUCUACAGAAAAGAGGAGCAGCAAAGAUUAUUCAGCUCCAUGAAGUUAAUGGUCACAGCUUUGAGAGAGCUGUUAAGGAAGUGCUCCAUAAAGACAGCUACAAGGAAAGUAUUCAGAGACUGUCACGUUUACACCGAGAUCAGCCAAUGCCACCCAUGGAUCAGGCCACUUUCUGGAUAGAGUAUGUGAUACGCCACAGAGGGGCUCCUCACCUGCGCACAGAGGCUCACAGGAUGCCGUGGUACUCAUACCAUUGCUUAGAUGUACUACUCUUUUUGAUGACGUCUGUAGGUGUGGUCCUCUACUCUGUUUUUGCUGUAAUUAGAUUUCUAUUUUGCAAAAGAAAGAACAGAAAAUAUAAACAAAGCUGAUUUGCAUUAAAGUUAUUUGUCUGUGGGUUUGGGUUCAUAGUUGUCCCUUUGUCAUGUUUUGUUUCUCUAGGUUAUUUUCCGUUUCUGUUUAGAUUGUCAUCUUUUACUUAAAUUAGAUUAUUUUUGAUUCAAUUACUCUCUUACCUUGUUCUGACGCCUGGUCUCGUCUUUAUUCAUUGUUAUUCUAGUCUCCUUUGUCUUCUGUUCUAGCCUUGAUAUCAUUUUUCCUAUGCAUCAGUCCUGUUAUGUUCUAGCAGAGCAGAUUUUGUUAUCCUUUAGAUGUCAGGUUUUAUUUUCUGUCAACUUUUAUUAUUGUAGUCUUUCUAGUCUGCUUCUCCUAUUCAGUUCCUCAGCUCAGUAUUCUCCCUGUUAAUUU